AUGGCGCCGCAGCAAAACACCUUCAGCGUCAUCUCGCAUCCCGCCCCCCGCGGUGGCGGCGCUCCAAGCAAACCUCCCAUGACAUCGAAGCAGGCCCAGAAGCUAUAUAAGCAGGCGAACAAGGGCCCCCGACUAUCGAAGGCCGAGCAACGGAAGUGGGAGAAGGAGAGACAAGAAGAAAUACGCAAGGAGCUGGAAAAGGAACGCGCCGCAGCUAAGGCACGGCAAGCACGAGAACGGAAGAAGGCCAAGGAGGACGAGGCCCGCGAGAAUAAGCGGCGGAAUGGGCAGCCGUUGAUCAACUGUCGACCGAGUCAAGAUACAAUUGCUAGAUUUGUGCGUGGGAAUGGUACGAGCAGAAAGAGGGAUUCGUCUGGGGAACCGAUACCAAAGCCUGAGGAGCCGCAUGUUGAAUCGCCCGAGACCAAGCCGUCUGCACUGGGUCCUCCUUCUGACGCCAGUCCGUCUAAAUCGCUGCGACAUGUUUCCUCCCAAGAGAAUAAGAUGGCCGCAGCUCUGAUGCCUCCGCCACCCCCACCGUCUCGUCCAUCUCAGAAGGCCGUAUCGGCAGCUUCUGUGCCUAGGUCAUCUCAGUUCAAGGUUCCCGCAGUUCCUAAGGCCGAUUCCGAUGCACAAGUACCUCGAGCGCCCCCAAUACUGAAAGCACCAGUGACGGCAUCAACUCAGAGCCGAACAGUUCCUUCUGUAACAUUGGGGCCACCGCUUAAAGCACCCACAAAGGCGAAGCCUAGGCCAUUCAUGAUGCCGAAAGGCAUCGUGUCUGUCCAGCCACCGGCACGCAAAACCCCAAUAAAGCAGGAAGCAGUUGUGAAGAAGUCAGUUCAGCAAGAGUCAAGCAAGCAGUUACCAGCUGAGCCAAAGCCAACUGCGCAAACGCCAGCCGACCAAAAGAUGCCAGAACAAAGACAGGUCAAGGAGGGGCAGCAGGAGCCAGCAAUUGAACAACCUCAAAUGCCUCCACCACCAAAGCCGUCGCCGCAGGUGGUUGCUCCUCAGAGACCGCCGUCCGUGAUGCCUCCUCCACAGUUAUCUCGAUCCCAAAUGCCCCCAAAAGCGUCUAUGCCACAGGCACCGCCGCCAAGCACCCAGGCCAUCAUACAAGAUUGCUUUGAUGACUUCUUUCCAACUGCUUCGCAGCUUGCCUUGGAGCUUCAAGAUGACUCUUCAGACGAUGAUUCACAACGAGUUGUUGAAGAGCCACCUCAGAAACAUAAGUCCGCCGAACACAGCCACGAAAUUGGUAGUAUACAGGCAGGACAGCAAAGAGUAAUGAAGGAUCCCCUGGUCAAAGAGGACCAACUACUCAGGGAUUCUCGUACUGGAGGUCACUCCAAAGCCCCAGAUACCAAGCUAUCCAAUCCUCUAAGUAUCCGUCACAGUCCGCGCAAAUCCAACAUGACGCCUAAAUUUCCACUACCGCCCAAACCAACAACUCGCAGUAUCGAUAACGAAAACAGGAACCGCCAACACGGAUAUGCAGGCCCUCAUUCUCGACCAUCACCGGGCGUCCGCUCAGUCUCUCCAAAACCAAGAUCAAUGGCAAGCCACAUCCACAAAACAACAACAACCCCCAGGGACCAACCUCAAAAUAGGAUGGCGACUGCUCAUACACCCAAGACUUCCCAUCGCGGUAUUCUCCACGAAAUCAGCGGCAACCGCGCCCCUGAGGUGAAGCGUCCUACCACGACGAAGCCUGUAUCACACUUUGACGAUUUCUUCCCCUUGAUCUGCACCCAGGACCUGAUGAUGUCCUCCCAGGAGGUGCAAGAUAUAGAGUCGCCGGCCAAGAUGGACAGCCAACCGUCCUCUGAAGAGUCAUUUGGUGGUCUGACGUCGCAAACGUCUCCUCUGAAUGAAAUGGACCUCACAGCUAUCGAUUGGGAUGACGACUUGGAUGACUUUUAA